AUGGAAGUGGCGGUGCAGCUUGCAAGGAACAUCAUCAGCAAGAACCUCCUGAGCUCCACAACGCUCGCUCAAUUGAACCGGCCCGAUGAGAUCUCCAAAGUUUAUCAAUACGCAUUGCGCCACGGCCCAGACGAUGGUACACCGAGCCAAGAUGAUGAUAAGAUACGUGUCUCUCGCCGUAUACGCGAAGCCCUGAUUAAAGCCGCCGCAGUUGGCGGUGUUCCGAGGGUAGUGCUUCGUAUUCUUCUGCCGAUUUUCCUUGAGAUCUUUGGCUGA